CCCAUCCUCCUCUGCUCCAUGAUGCAGAACGUGGAGCAACCGACGCGACAUCACGCCGGGAAUGAAACGCACCCAGCGGACGCCGAAGAAGCGAUGGACGAAAAUCUAGACACGAUGUUUGCGGCGGGACGCUCACUGGCAGCACGGGCCAAGGGACGCCACCACUGCCGGCGGGGCUCGGUACCGUGCUUUAGCUCGCACCAGUGCGUCAAACGCAGCAGCUGGUGUGACUCCAAGACGGACUGUAUGGAUGGUAGUGACGAGAGUGCGUGCUCGUGCGUUUCGCGCCUCCCCAAGCGCAAGCUCUGCGAUGGUUAUGCCGACUGUCCGCUCGGUAUGGACGAGAUGGGAUGCUUUGGGUGUGAAAAGUUCUCCUUCUCCUGCUUCCACACGGAGGCGGAGUACCGUUCGGCACACCGGUCUGGGUCGAUGUGCUACAGUCUGCUCGAAAAGUGCGACGGUUUCGAUAACUGUCUGAACCGGAAGGAUGAACAGGACUGUACGAUGCUGGUGCGUGACCUGGGGCACUAUUUGGCGUACUCGGUCCCGCACUCUACCGGGGUGCUGCAUCGGAACUAUCGCGGGAAGUGGUACCCGGUGUGCCAUAAUCCUACGCAGUGGGCAAGGGAAGCUUGCGAGACGGAGCUCGGGCCACUCGAUCGUGAGCCACUGUUGAGCCACGGGCAUGGCAGUCUGCCCGGACCGUACAUUAGCCAGCGAGCGAACAGUGCCGUAUCGCAGCCCGAGUUUAGUGAGGCUUGUAAUGGGGUUUACGUACACGUGAAGUGUCCGGCGGUGCGAUGCGGUACGAGUCGGAUGCACGAACAGCACGCCGCCCGGAUCAAUGUGCGGACGAGGCGUGAGGCGAACGAGAGUGAAAUUGUGGAGAGUGUGCGCAUCGUUGGAGGAUCACACGCCGAGCCGGAAGCGUACCCGUUCAUCGUCGGUAUCUUCCGGGACGGGAAGUAUCACUGUGGUGGCAGCAUUUACAACGAACAUUGGAUCAUUUCCGCCGCUCACUGCUGUGACAACUUCGACCAGCACUACUUCGAGGUACGGUCGGGCAUGUUGCGCAAGCGGAGCUUUGCGCCGCAGGUUCAAAUCACACGCGUCACGCACAUGAUCGUUCAUCACGCGUACAGCUCGUCGUUGAUGGCGAACGAUAUUGCGCUGAUGCGGGUAGAGCAUCCGUUCCACUAUAAUCGAUGGGUGCGUCCGAUCUGUAUGCCGGAGCGCCAUCGUACGACGGACGAUCGGGAUUGGAUCUGGGGACCGAAGGCCGGCACUGUCUGCACCGCUAUUGGAUGGGGUGCACUGCGGGAGCGUGGUGGAGCACCCGACCAUCUGAUGCAGGUUUCGGUGCCGAUCCUGAGCUACUGCAAGCACAAAUCCGAUCGUGACAGUCUGCAGAUCUGUGCGGCAGAAGAAGACGGCGGUCAUGAUGCGUGCCAGGGUGAUUCCGGUGGACCGUUUGUGUGUCAGAGCAAGUCGAACCCGUUCGAGUGGUAUCUGGCCGGUGUGGUAAGCCACGGGGAGGGAUGUGCGCGUGCACACGAACCCGGUGUCUACACGCGAGUGGCACUGUUUAUCGAUUGGAUUGCGGAGAAGGUAAAUGCGCCACUGCCAGCACGUACUGCGCGGGCUGACUGUCCGGGGAUGCGAUGUAUCUGGGGUGGAGGAAUCUGUCUACCACCGGGCAAGAAGUGUAACGGAUACGUUAACUGUCUUGGGGGUGAGGAUGAGUCGGGCUGUGGGAUGGAUCAGAUGCUACGAUCGAUGUCGCAGCGAGCUGAGGAAGAAAGUGAGGAGGAGGGUGGUAGUGCCACACAGCGAGCUUCGGAUGUGGAUACAACGGAAGCUGAGACGACCGUUUUGUUCACAUCGGAUGAAACGACGACGUUAAGCGUGCCGGAAGAAGCGAGUGUAGAAGCGCAGGAGAGUAUGAUCAUGACGAACACAGCACAGACGGAACCGAUCACUACUACUACAAGUACAGCUGCCCCUACCACACCUGAGCUUGAGCUAUCUACUGCUGAAGAAAGCACAACGGAGGACAGCUCUACCUCAGCAAGUACCUCAGAAGAUGCACCUACGGAAGCCUCUACCUCGCCGGAGUCAACCACAUUGGAGGCCACAACGGAGCUCAGUACAGAGCCAUCUUCCACUACGAAUGAGCCAACAACAACCUUCACAUCAACAACCGACUCUGCGAUCAUCUUCCCCAUACACGAUCACGAACGGGAUCGUCCUAAGGAAGGCUUCGCAUUCAUUGCACCGAUCACCUCCUCCACAACGGAAGUCAUCUGGAAGGCGCUGGAAAAGGCAGUCAAGGAGGUACGUGGACAGGUACGCACUGGGAAUGCCACGUCCGAAGAUCCACUGGAAGAUUCUUCCGAUCAUCCAUUCUUGGUGGAAUUGGACGUGAUGCAGCAGCAGAAACACAAACGAGUGGCUCAAUUCCGCAUGACGGUGCACAGUGUGCACACGAACACGAAAGUGCAGACGAUGCUGCCGAAUGAUACGGCUCAGUACAGGCAUUUUUCCUGCAGAAAUAUCACCCAGAGGAUCAAUGUGGCUCACCGGUGCGAUCGGAUCGUAGACUGUGAGGAUGGCAGUGAUGAGCUGAACUGUAGCUGUCGGGACUUCCUGAAGGAUAAGUUUGAUUUCCUGAUCUGCGACGGCAAGACGGACUGUCUCGAUCAAACCGAUGAGCUGGGUUGUAUGAACUGUCAGGCUGGUCAGUAUGCGUGCCGGAUCAGCCAGGUUUGCAUUCCCGGGGGGCAGGUCUGCAACGGUCAUCCAGACUGUCCGAUGCAUGAAGAUGAGCUGGAUUGCUUGGCUCUUACGGAUGGACAUCGUGUGUACUUCGACGCAAACAAUCUCACCCUCUUCCACAACACGGGCAUUGUGACGAAAAACACGAACGGAACCUGGGAGAUACUGUGUGGAGCGGUCCUCACGGCAAAGACGGAACAUGCUGUGGAGAAGAUCUGUUCCUUCUUGGGAUUUGCUGGUCAUCGCAACUACUCACUGCUCUCACUCGCACCGACCGAUCUGCCUGUUGGGCUGCUUGCAAAUCCAAACAAUCUACACUACGUCAACCUUACGCUCCAUGCUCCCUGUCAAGCGUUGCGCGUCUCGUGCGUCCAGCACAUCAACGCUACCGAGCAUGACAUUGCACACUUUGAGCAUAACCACAAGCAGGACCCGGUGCAGGUUAACAUUCGUCCACUGAACCCAAUCAACCGGCCCCAUCACAUGCCCCAGAUCGUGUUCCAGGAGAACGCUCACAUUGAGCUGGUGGAAAACUUUGGCGAUGAUUACGAUUGGCCCUGGAAUACGAACAUCUAUCUCGAUGGGGUAAUGAUCUGCAGUGGGCUGAUCAUCGAUGCGAGCUGGAUCAUCGUGUCGGGGAGCUGUACACGGUUGGUGAACCUGCGGCAUCAGUAUCUGGCGGUGGUGGCGGGCGGUGCCAAGUCGUACCUACACAUUGAAGGGCCGUACGAGCAGGUGGUGCGGGUCGAUUGCUAUCACUACAUACCGGAGGCGGAAACGGUGAUGCUGCAUCUGGCGACGAAGCUAACCUUUAGCCGGCACGUGCUGCCAACGUUUGUGCCGGAGAGUGAAAACCUAACGGACAGUGAGUGUCUUGCGGUGGGACAGGAUAAGUACGGAAGAACGAAAACGCUGCGGGUGCAUCUCAACACCACCAACUGUCCAGGGGAACGGGUGCGAUGCUACCAUAAGGAUCUGAAGCAGCCCUACUACCAUCACGAAUCUUGUUACACACCAGAAGCGACACGAUCAGGUGUGAUCGUGUGCAAAACAAGCCGCUCCGGCUGGUAUCCGGUCGGGUUCUACCAGCACAAGCGCGGUCUGUGCGGGUUCAACGAAGUGGUGCGUGUUACGAGCCUGGUGGAAUCGUACCACAGGAUCCAGAACGUGCUACACAAGGAACAGUGUGGUGAUCAGCUGUACGAGGAACCCCACUGCGGAGGAAAGCGUUGUCGCUAUGGAAAGUGUGUCGGUGAGAAGUUGCUGUGCGAUCGCAAGCCAGACUGUGCCGAUGGAUCGGAUGAGGAACCGGCGAUGUGUGCCGCACGCAAUCAAACUGGAAAUUGUCUGCCACAUCAACUACGUUGCGCGAAUGGACGGUGUAUUGACAAGUCUAGCUUCUGCGAUCGCAAGAACGAUUGUGGAGACUCGACGGACGAACCGCACGAUUGCUCCUGCUACACCUAUCUGAAAAUUACCGACCCGGGCAAGAUCUGCGACGGAGUGCGCAACUGUUGGGACAAAUCGGACGAAAAUCCACGCGUCUGUCGGUGCCACUCGACGAGCUUCCGGUGCGGCGAGUCCGACAUCUGCGUGCCGUACGAUUUUGUGUGCGACAAGGAACGGGACUGCCCGAAUGGGGAGGAUGAGCUGUACUGUUACGCACUGCAGCAAAACUCUUAUGAAGCUGGGUACGGUGAGCUGAUGGAGCAAAGCUACGGCAUCUGGCACUCAAAGUGCUUCCCCACGACGACCCAGUUCGACGACGAGUACAUGAAGCGCAUCUGCGAGCAGUUGGGUUACAGCCAGGUGCGCAAAAUUUUUGGCCGAGCGAUCGUGCAAGGUGCUCGGUUGCGUACUGCUAACCAGACGGAAACGCCCGUUGAUAAGCUGCGUCGUUCGGCGACCAAAGCGAUCGUGCAGAACAAGUUCUCCAAGGUCGUUAUCAACCAGAACCAUACGUUUUACAUGAAACCGAGCCGGCCCAUGUUUAAGGUGAUCAACUGGAACUAUGAGGACGAGCAGAACUGCCAUCGGUUGGAGUUGCUGUGUGCCCCGUGA